AAAAUAGCUGGGGGCGGGGGGGGGGGAUUGCUCGCGACAGGAAAUGAGCAGAAUGCAUAAAAUCAGACAUGUGUCCUUAAUAUAUGGAAGGGCUCGCCUCAGACGCGUGGACAUGUGUAUUUAUAAGUGCGCAGACAGAAGUUUAAAUAUUCAGACACAUUUUAUGAUUGUCCUCUGCCCGUCUUCUGGUUAAUGGCUCCUCCUGUGCCCACCAAUACAUCAAUACCGUUGUGUGUAUUGAAUCACGGGCAGGGACGAGGAGGAAGCGAGUCCAUAGCCGAGCCCGCUUGAGUACAGUACAGUAAAUCGGGACCCUCGGCAGAAGGCGCUUCCCGCCCGCCCGCCAUGUUGGGGAGCCCUCCCUGCCCCCCGCGCCUGGCUGGGCGGCCGGGGCUCGCCGGCAGCCGGGGGAGGGCCUUUCAUAACCCGGAGAAUUUUCAAAGUGCGAGGAAGAUGAUAAGAAUAGAUUUCUACAAGUCCCGACCACGUGAUUGGCGAAAUAAUUAAUUCAGCACGUCCCUUAAGAAACACGGAGUCGUCAUUAAUCUGCCACGCAAAGGGCUCUCUCCGACUUGGAAAGUGCAGGGAUCCCAAGAAUAUCACCCGCCGAGGGGGGCUGCGCGGCGCCCCCAGCACUCCACCCUCGGCCCCCAGUGGCGGGCGCGGGAGCGCGGCCAGCAGGUCACCUGGUGCCUGCGGCUACCCCAGCCCUCUCGGGAUUCGGCAGACAGUGGAGGUGGUGGUGAAGGAGACAGUGGUGGUCAAUGUUAUUUGAGCAGGGUCAACAGACCCUGGAACUUCCUGAGUGCACGAUGCAGAAGGCUGCUUACUAUGAAAACCCAGGACUCUUCGGAGGCUACGGCUACAGCAAAGCCACUGACACUUAUGGCUACGGCACUCCCCAUCAGCCUUACCCACCCCCUGCCGCUGCCAACUCCCUGGACACUGAUUACACGGGCUCCGCCUGUUCCAUCCAGAGUUCCGCACCUCUGAGAGCCCCAGCCCACAAAGGAGCUGAACUUAACGGCAGCUGUAUGCGUCCUGGCACUGGGAACAGCCAGGGUGGGGGGGGUGGCAGCCAGCCUCCCGGCAUGAACUCAGAGCAGCAGCCACCACAACCCCCUCCUCCGCCACCAACCCUGCCCCCAUCCUCGCCCACCAAUCCCGGAGGUGGAGCGCCUGCCAAGAAGGCCAAGGGUGGGCCCAAUGCUUCUGGCUCUUCAGCCACCAUCAGCAAGCAGAUCUUCCCCUGGAUGAAAGAGUCCCGACAGAACUCCAAGCAGAAGAACGGCUGUGCCGCUGCAGGAGAGAGCUGCGAGGAUAAGAGCCCGCCGGGCCCAGCGUCCAAGCGGGUGCGCACGGCCUACACGAGUGCGCAGCUGGUGGAGUUGGAGAAGGAAUUCCACUUCAACCGCUACUUGUGCCGGCCACGGCGCGUGGAGAUGGCCAACCUGCUGAACCUCACCGAGCGCCAGAUCAAGAUCUGGUUCCAGAACCGGCGCAUGAAGUACAAGAAGGACCAGAAGGCCAAGGGCAUCCUGCACUCGCCAGCCGGUCAGUCCCCGGAGCGCAGCCCGCCUCUGGGCAGCGCCGCCCGCCACGUGGCCUACUCGGGCCAGCUGCCGCCCGUGCCCGGCCUGGCCUACGACGCGCCCUCGCCGCCGGCCUUCGCCAAAUCUCAGCCCAACAUGUACGGCCUGGCCGCCUACACGGCGCCGCUCAGCAGCUGCCUGCCACAGCAAAAGCGCUACGCGGCGCCCGAGUUCGAGCCCCACCCCAUGGCCAGCAACGGCGGCGGCUUCGCCAGCGCCAACCUGCAGGGCAGCCCGGUGUACGUGGGGGGCAAUUUCGUCGACUCCAUGGCGCCCGCGUCCGGGCCCGUCUUCAACCUGGGCCACCUCUCGCAUCCGUCUUCGGCCAGCGUGGACUACAGCUGCGCCGCGCAGAUUCCCGGCAACCACCACCAUGGACCGUGCGACCCUCAUCCCACCUACACAGAUCUCUCGGCCCACCACUCGUCUCAGGGACGCCUGCCCGAGGCCCCCAAACUGACGCAUCUGUAGCGGCCGCCACCGGCCCGAACUCGCGGCGCAAUUACCUCUCUUGCUUUGGUGGCGGGGGUGGCGGGCGGGGCCCGCGGGGCAGCUCUGUGACCCCCCCCCCCCCCUCUGGCCCGGUUGCCGCCUCCUGGGUCUCGGGCCAACAGCGGCCGAGGCGCAGGCGACUGGGCCUCCCCUCCAGGAGCUCCCUCCUUUGGGUGACUUGCCAUAAAUCAGCCGCAAGGAUUGUCCUCUGUAACCCUGACAGUGCCAUAUACUGCGGACCGAGGGACUCUAAUCUGGUAGUGGUGUCCCGAAGGUAAGUCUGAGAUCCACCGGCGGCGCGCUCUGCAGAGGGUCCAGAGCCCGGACAGCCCCGGGCCUGGCCCGCGUCUAGCUUAGUUGCGGAGACCUUAAUUUAUAUGCUCCUUCCCGUCCCGUAAGGAUUGCAUCGGACUCAACGACCGUAUUUAUUAUUUGAAGCGAGUCAUUUCGUUUCCCUGAUUAUUUAUCCUCGUCUUAAUGUAUUUAUGUGUAUAUUUGUAGAAUUCUCCAGCCGAGCUUAGGAACGCGCUCCCAGGCCGCGGGGGCCACGUCUCACCUCUUUAGUCCCCUUGCUCUGAACUAGUUGAGAGAGUAGUUUUGAACAGUUGUAACCGUGGCUGGUGUUUGUAGUUGUAAAGGAUUAAGACCGCAAAUUGUCCUUCAUGGGUAUAGAGUCAGGCGGCCCCGUGGCGUGGCACGACACCCGUUACUCAUUUCUCAACAGCCGCAGCCCUCACCACUCGACACAGUUUAUUGAUUUCAAAUUGUCUGGUACUAUUUGAACAAAUAUUUAGAAUAAAAAAAAUUUCUCAGUC